GGGGCUACAUUAUCAAUUCACAGCUCACAUUUCUGAUCUGUAUCAUUGUUUGACAUUUAAAACCGUCAAGCUCUACUACUAGAGUCAAAAAUUGAAGUCUGUAUUUCAAUUUACUGGAAUCAAUGGAGGGGGUAACAACAAUGGUGUCUCAAAGGCCUCUAGUGAUCUUCACUAAGAGGUCUUGCUGCAUGUCCGACUCUAUCAUAACCUUCUUUAGGAACAACUUUGGCGCCAACCCAGCCAUUCAUGACCUCGAUCAAAUACAGAGAGGCCGAGAAAUGGAGAAGGCUCUAUCGAGGCUCGGUUACGAUAACGUGCCGGUAGUGUUCAUUGGUGGUGAACUGGUGGGAGGAGUUAAUGAGGUCACUAGCCGUCAUGUCGAGGGUUCCCUAGUCCCAAUGCUUAGGCGGGCAGGAGCUAUAUUUGUUUGAUGUUGUGCUUUGUAUUUCCAGCUAAUUAAUAAACCAUGUUUUUACUUUCA